AUGGAAACUUUAAUCAAAUUCCAGCAAACUUCUAAACCUAAAGAAAAAGGAUUCAGUUCAAGUGACAUUCUGAAAAUUGCAAUGCUUUACAACUAUAUCGUACGAGAAAGAGGACGUCUAGAACCUGAGUGUAGUAAACUUUUCUCACCGGGUAGCAAACUAUCCGCCGUAAGACUAGAAGAAACAAAUCAUAAGAUAAAACCCAGAAACAAGCCAAGACAGUAUAUGGGCAAGAAAAAGGAACAAAAUGAUGAAGAUGAAAACAAUAAUGAUCAUAAUUCCACUAAUGAUAGCAAGGACCAAUAUUAUGAAGAUUAUGGUGACUAUGAAAACGAUGACAAAAAUAAUGACAAUAUAGAAAAUAGUAAAAAGCUUGAUGAAAAUAGCAUAUUAAGUAAUGUUGAUAGUGGAGAUGUUAAUAAUAGGAACAAUGAUAAAAAUAACGAAGAUGAUUAUAGUAAGAAAGAUAAUGAAAAUGAUACGGAAGUUGAUUACUGUAAUGAAAAAGAUGGAAAUACUGAUAAUAAGGAGAAGAAGAAACGAAAUGUAAAUGGUCAAUCGAGUAAUGAUAUGGAUGAUGAAGAUGAUAUUAUGAGUAACGAAGAAAAAAAUUAUAACGACAACAGUAAUGUAGAAAAUAAGGAGAAUCUGAAUCAAAAUAGUGAAGGUUAUGAAUAUGUUACGAAAUCCUAUACAACUAUUAAUACAACACGCAAAAACCGAAGGCCCUUAGCACAUAAAAUAGAUCAUUUGAAAAAACAAAAACUACUAGGCCAGUCUGACUAUGAAACAGGUGAUGAAGGCAACAAGAGGUAUAUUCAUGAGAAAAACAUUUAA